CUAUCUUGCUGCUGACUGCGUCGGGAACUCUCCCGUCAUGCCAGAGGUACGGGACCUGUCGGACGCCCUGCCGGACCUGCCCAUGGACCCCAUCACCGGGGUCGGCGUGGUGGCCUCGCGGAACCGGGCGCCCACCGGCUACGACGUGGUUGCCCAGACAACGGAUGGCCUGGAUGCGGACCUGUGGAAGGACGGUCUGUUCAAGUCCAAGGUGACACGCUACCUCUGCUUCACCAGAGUCUUCUCCAAGGAGAACAGCCACUUGGGAAACGUUCUGGUGGACAUGAAGCUGAUUGACAUGAAGGACACCCUACCAGUGGGCUUCAUCCCCAUCCAGGAAACUGUAGACACGCAGGAGCCGGCCUUCAGGAAGAGGAGGCUCUGCAUCAAGUUCAUCCCGCGGGACUCCACCGAGGCGGCCAUCUGCGACGUCCGAAUCAUGGGCCGGGCCAAGCAGGCUCCCCCACAGUACACCUUCAUCGGAGAGCUGAACAACAUGGGGAUCUGGUACCGGAUGGGGAAGGUUCCACGGGCACUGGAGACCUCCCAGAACCACAACCACACACCGCCCACCCAGACUGUCACCACCACAGUGACCCCUGCCCCAAUCCUGCCCAGGCACAUAUCCAUGACCCUCCCUGCCAGCUUCAGUCGGAAGAACGCCACCAGACCAGACUACGAGCACCAGAACUCCAACCUCUAUGCCAUUUCAGCGAUGGAUGGAGUGCCCUUCAUGAUCUCAGAGAAGUUUGCCUGUGCCUCCAGCGAUCUGCAGCAGGCGGAUCUAAUGGGCAUCACCAUCAAAACCCUGGCGGAGAUCGAGAAGGAGUAUGAGUACAGUUUCCCAGAGUACAGUGCGGCGGCCCGCCUGCCUCCCCAGCCCCUCGAGGACCCCGCUCAGCUCCGAGGCCUGAGGGAGGGAAGGAACGAGGGAUGAAGGAGGAAAGAGAGAUGGACCGAAGAAUGCAAAUUUCCUGACACUUUGAAUGCAGGAAACGGAGAGAGAAAAACCAGCACAAGUAGAACACUUUUCUCAGUUUUUUAACCCCCAAUCCCAUACCACUGCCCUGCGAAACCUCUACAUAGAUUCAUGAGCCUUUUCAAUUAGAAAUGCACAUAAUGAACAGAGAGCGUCUGUGUGUGGAUUUCCUUCAUUCUCCUCCCUUUUGGGAGUGCAGUUGUCCUCUCACACUCACUCACAGCUGUGAGGGUGACUCCCCUGCUCUAGUGGAGACAGCGCCCCCUGCUGGCACGUGAGUGUGCUGCUCUGUGCUCCCAAUCCUGUCAGCUGCUACAUGGGAGGAGAACCAAUGGGAAGACUGUGUAUAAUGGCAGCCAUUUUAUUUUUAACAUUUUUAUUUUGUAAUUGAUGUUCACAUUGUGGAAGACCACUAUGAAAGACUGCAAGGGACCCCGAAACUGCACAGUACAAGAUGAGCGAUCAAGCCUUUUUUUUUUUUUUUUUUGGCCUUCUAUCUGACCUCCUUCACCUGGAAACGCCACUGCUGCGCAGGUACCCUGUGUGGGCUUGCUGAAUUUCCCAGCAUCCCUUGUUGCUGCCUGAAGUGUUUUUGAGCUCUGAGAACAUCUCCCCCGAUCUUUGAAAUAGGUGACGUCACCCCCCCCCCCCCCCAAAGGUUGUAAGGGACCAGUAGAACCAGACUGAUUUCAAGUGAUGUUUAUAAAUGGUCCCGGUAUUGAAGAAGGUGUAGUGGGAAGAGUUGGUUUCUCGCCACAGUGGGGGCUGUGUGCCUCAGAGACGGACAAAAGCUAUAAACUGAUGGAGAGGGAGCACCUGCAGACUGUCUGCUCUCGGCCCUGUGUAGCCCCAGAAGAUGUUUAGCCUCUGAACCAACUGCUUUUAAACCCCUGUGUUAGAGUGACUGCACUCAUGAUGCUGAAGUGCAUUACAGCUGUGAGAUUAUUUUUAUCCUCAAUCAUUCCUGCUUGUGUUGUAUGUUGUUCUGUGAGUGCACUAUUGUCUUACAGUUUUGGGAUUCCCCCACACCCGUCUCUGCCUGGCCCGUAGACUCCUGGCUGGACCCGCGCUCCGCGCUAGCUGUUAAAUACAGAGCUACUGGGCCCCGGGUCUACAGCGCUCUGCCACAACCCGACUGCUCUGUUAAACAUGAGUGGAACCUUUCUGUAAAAUAAAUUGCUUCCAUCAAUUGUUGUAAAUGGGGGGGGGAAUUGUUUUUAUUGCUGUGUAACUUUUAGAUUUACGGUAAUUUUACAGCAAAAUCUAAAUCUGUUUUUAAGAGUUUUUAGUCGUGGUUAGCUUUGUGCUCCUGUGAUGCACAGGUUUGUGGACAGAACCUUUCUUCACGGUUUUGAGUUAUUUGGACAAACUUCGAACAAAUAUCAUGUACACAUUUCUGCACUGACAGCCAGUUUCCUCCCCUGUAUUUUUCACAUCGAUGUAUUUCUAUCUGAAAACGGAGCUGCGUUGCCUCUUCUCUGAGUCCAAUACACAAGCUCUGCUGGACGAAGCCUGCACUGUGCCUUGCCAAGGCUGACGUGAAGCUUGUUCUCCAUUUUGUUUUAUUGUUUUUACUGUGAUCUUUGGGGCCAGAGCAAACGGAAUGCCUUGAUCAGAAAGUGUUAUCAAGCAUCUUUUUAAUGUUGGAAAUUAAAAGGAAAAGUUUCGCAUUUCCAUAAGUUUGAAAAAUGGCAAAUGAUUAUAGCUGGUGUGUACAUGUAAAUAACGUCAGAGUGUUGUUUGUUCCUUUUCCUCAUGGGUAAUACUAACUGUGUUUUGUUGUUUUCAUUGUGGGAAAAGAGAACGGGGCACAGGACACCUUUCAAAUGAAAACCAGUUCAUUGUGUGAAAGGAAAAGAAAUCUUAACUGUGUAUGGUGUGUUGAUACUGCCACUUGUUUAUGUAAAAAUCACUGUGUUGAUUUGUGACCAGUAAAGCAUUAUUUUAACGACCGUUAAAAUACA